ACGCAUAUACAUAUAUAUUACGUGUGCCAUUUCGUUAACAAGGCAAGUAUCACGCACAAAAUUCAUAUUCAUAUUCAUAUCAGAGAAGACAGAUAAACCCUACACUUCACAGAUUUUCCAUUCUAAUUGCUUCAGCUUCAAAAGUCAUCAGAAGAAUUGUUGACAAUUUUGCAGAGAUGGGUUUGGAGGAGAAUGUUGCAGAGGUAGAUGACAAAGCGAGAUGGACGUUAUGCAAACAUACCUUUUACGAUUUAUCAAACGUCUCUCCUGUGGUGUUUAUGUUUAUGCUGAAAGAAUGUUAUUAUCAUGCUCUAAUGAAGGAGUUUUUAAUAAACUUAGGGAAUUGUAAGGCGACGGUCAAAUUCCGAGCUCUUCAGGAACAACUAUGUCUUGUGCUCCAUAAUGAUCCAAAACCUGGACCAGCAACUUUUAUUGUUCAGUGCCUGUAUGUGUCUCCUGUGUUUGACAAUCAAAGUCAAGGAUUUACUCAUUUGGUUAUAUCUUCUUUUCGCCGCUUCCUGAAAAGGUCAAAACCAACCAUUACAGAAGACUCCUUGGAUAUAAAAAACUCGGCUGCCUAUCUACUCGUUAAUAUUAUUAGGGGCCAGAUCAAGCAUGACGAAAUGAUAGUCAUGAAAAUACUGGAGACUUUUGAUGUAAAACUACCAAAUGUUGAGAAAGCCCUGUGCCAAAAUAAAGAAAAAGAUUAUUUAAGUUGUGGCAAGGCACAAGAACUGAUUGAGCAGUAUACUUUUGAAUUGGUGAAAUCGCAGUUGUACACGAUAGCUGUCACUUUAAUGGAGCAUUUCUCAAUUUCCCACUAUGGCCAAUCUUUUCUACUUGAUAUGAUAAAGAGUAAUCAAUUUAAAGCUGCAGAGAAAUGGGCAACAUUUAUGGGGAAGCCUAUGUUGUCCAUACUUAUUGAGGAGUUCGUUCAGAGAAACAUGCUAAAUGAUGCCUACCAGAUUAUAAAGAAAAAUAAUCUAAAGCAGGAUUUUCCAGAUGUGUACAAGAGGUGUAAAGAAAGCUCACUAAAGAGCUUAGCAGAAAAGGGAUGUUGGGACGUUGCAGAGGCUAGAAUAAACAAUGACAGACAGCUUAUGGAAUAUUUGGUUUAUUUGGCCAUGGAAGCUGGUUACAUGGAAAAAGUUGAUGAGCUGUGUGAACGGUACUCCCUGGACAGAUUUUUGGAUAUUAAAGUGCUUGAAACAAGUAUCCCUCAAGGAAAUUAUUUACAUCUUGAGGAACUUAUGGUGGAAGACAUUAUUUGGGUUGACGAUGUUGAAGGUUUGCUUGAUGCAACAUGUCAGAUUGAGGAUGCUAAAGUCAUAGGUCUUGAUUGUGAGUGGAAGCCUAAUUAUGUAAAAGGGAGCAAGCCAAACAAGGUUUCUAUCAUGCAAAUUGCUUCUGAAAAGAAGGCCUUCAUACUUGAUCUGAUAAAGUUACACAGAGAGGUGCCUGAAAGACUGGACAGCUGUCUGACCCGCAUUUUGCUGUCACCUGGAAUUCUAAAACUUGGGUAUAAUUUCCAGUGUGAUAUAAAGCAACUUGCUCAUUCAUAUGAAGAGCUGGAAUGUUUCAAGAAGUAUAAAAGGUUGCUAGACAUCCAGAAAGUUUUUAAAGAUCCUCGGGGUGGUUUGGCUAAGCUUGCAGAGAAAAUACUGGGUGCUGGUUUAAACAAGACAAGACGAAACAGCGAUUGGGAGCAACGGCCUUUAACUCCAAAUCAACUUGAAUAUGCUGCCCUGGAUGCUGUUGUACUUGUUCACAUAUUCCGCCAACUUCCUGAUCAAGGAGAUGAGUGGAAGUCUUGCAUCGAAUCCCACACAGAAACCACUAAGAAGUCGAAGAAACGUACCAAAACUUGAAGGAGAGCUUCUUUUCCCACCCUACGUUCCUUAGAACUACACGUGUUCGAAAGUAUAGGAUGACAUAAAACUCUGAAAGUUUACUUCAAAACUGAUUUUGAGGGCCGACAAAGGUCCCAAAUUGAAAGCCGUGAUUGAGACCAGGAAGAAUAGAUCCUCAACUGACAUGUAAUUAUUUGAAUUGAUUUACGUGUAUGAUGGAAGCUUUCAAAUAGAAAAACAAUAAUCUAUUGCUGAAAUGUAAAUAUUUUCCGUCCAUCAGAUUUCAUUGAAUACUCUUUUUCUAUUUCUCAUAAUGCCUGUUUUUAAUGACAAAAUGUCUACUAUUUAAAAUA